GGUAGGUAUAAGCGUAUUAUAAGCAGCUGCUUCUAACCCAAGUAGUUCUUACCCAAGGUGGUUCUUACUGAGUUCUUACUUGAACCUCCCGAACUUCCCUCCCUUAUCUCAUUUUCCCUUUUUAUUCCCCUCUCCCACCCACGUCCUACUGGACAUACUUACCGUUUACCCGUAUUUAUUUAUACCAUAUCGUCUCAUAUACCCUCUACUGAGACCGAUCCGAGAUGAGUAGAUACAAUUCCUAUUCCGAUGAGGACUCGGACCUCGAUAUCCGUCUGAGACAUCGGCACGCCUCAGCUUCUCCUCGACCUCCGGCUCCCCCUACCCUUGCGCACUAUGUUGAGGCUCCGUCCCGGUCCCGGCCCCGAUUCUACGAGACUGGUCCGCGAGGUGAGGAUCGUUUUCUAACCCCGACAAAUGAGCGUACCCUAGUUACCACUAGGCGCUCUGUCUCGCGGGACCGUCGUCCAGGUUCUCCUGGGAGCAAUGCGCCUCAACAGGCGCCGCCUCCGGUUAUUAUUAACAACCGCAUCUACAAUAACUCGGACUCGGAAUCGCUAUCCUACUCCGAUUCCGAGGACGAGUACAGGCGAUCCCGAUCUCAUCACCGUCGCCAUCGCUCGCACUCUCGCGUCUCAUCCAGCCACUCCCGCGACCGUGAACUUGAACUCCAGCGUGAACUCGAGCUUCAACGUGAGCGUGAUGCCUAUGCGCUCGAGCAUGUGCGCGUAGACUACGAGAAAGAGAUUGAGAUGCGGCGUCGUGAGCAUGAGAAAGAAAUUGAGAACAAGCGUCGAGAGUACGAGCUAGAGCGCACGCGCAAAGAGCUGCAAGAGAUCAAGCUGGCCAAGCAGAUCGAGCAAGAAGAGCAGCGGCGGAACCGGACCAUGCAAGAAGAGCGGGACCUGCGAGAUGCCAAGAGGGAGCUCGACGCGAUCCGCAAGGCCAAGGCAGACAACGAGUAUGAGCAGCGCGUGAAGCAGAAGCUCGAGCUCGAGCGCAUGAAAGCUGAAGAAGCCGCGCUCGAGGAGAAGCGGCGCCGCGAAAAAGAGGCCAAGGAGAUCAUCGACAAGUACAAGCGUGAGGAAGCCGAACGCAAGCUCCGCGAGAAGCAGGAGGCCGAGCAGCGCGAGAAGGAGUACAAGGCCAAGAUGCAAGAGCAGCUGCUCAGAUCCGGCCUCGACGAGAAGGAGAUUAAUGCCAUCCUCGCCGGCGAGAAGAUCAAGCGCGAGAAGGAGAAGAAGGAGAAGGAGAAGGAGAAGGAAGAAAAGAAGGAAGAGAAAAAAGAGGAGGAGAGGCCGGUUUACACACGCAUGGCUAGGCGACAUCUUUCGAUUGAGACCCUUAGGGCUUAUAACAUUGACUUUCAGCUUGACCCUGUAAGUAGCAUAGAUACCCCCUCACCCAGCUAUGUCAUGUCGAUAUGGCAGAUCUAACCUCGCAAACUAGGAUCCCGAUUACAUCUUGAUCAAGCGAUGGGUGGCGGAGCCAGAGCAAGACCUGCUCUGGAGACACACCAAGCUCAUCCGAGAGAAGCGGUCUAGCUCUACCUCUUCUGGCAAGCUCAUCAGUAAGUUUAUCUCAUCUCAUAUUUAGCUGCCAUCGUGAGCCCCAUGGUCCUCAUUGGGAAUUCACGCGCUUUUCUGUCAACGUUCUUCAGUUUGUGGAUAAGAUAUAUGCUAAUAUUAGAAUAGUGAGCAUCGAAGAAGGCAAGAAA